GGUCUUCUGCUUGAGUUGUUUUGUGCUUCAGUUAGCCUCGUGGCUACUUAGUUACACCUCUUGGUCACGUAUUCAUCUGUAAUGUAGGAUUAACGAACCGAAUGGUCGUCGUGAUUUAAAGAAACAUUGGGUAAAACAAAAAAUGCAAACCGAUUGCUAGUUAAAUAGCUUUAACUGCACCCAGUCAUUUACUUGCUGUCAUAAAGAAGUGAACGUUAGCUAGACAACAACAAAAUGCCUGGGAAAAAAACUACAAAGGAGAAGAAAAGGAAAACUUCUCAUUCUGAUGAAAGCAAUGUGGACAGAAAACGAAGAAGUACUGGAUCGAGCAUGGAGGACCUGAAAGAAGAUGUCGGGCCUGAGUGCGCUGAUGAACCGAGCGAUAUGGAGGAAGGGGGCUUGGAUCUGAGCGUGCAGUUCAAGCCAAUCAGCGCCUACGUCGCGGACAGGCACGAGAUGCUCGAGCAGUGCUUCCGGGUGUUGGGGGAGAACAAACUGAAAAAAAUGCUUCCCGAUGAGCUGAAGAGCUGUACCUUUGACGAAAUCAAGCAGCUGUGUUGGGAACAGUUGGAGCAGCUCUCGCAAAGUAAUCUCAUCCAGAUUCUUGAAGGAGAAGAAGUUGCGGGUGCCUCAGAUGCAGAAGAGGAUGAAAACCGAAAGAAACCGAAAACAGACAGCCAGCAGGACAACAAUGUGGAUUCCACUUCAUCUCUGAAAGAGAACAUCGAAACGGAGGACAAGCAAGAAGGUGGCGGAUCGGGGGAGGAGAGCGACGUCCUGAGCAUUAACGCCGACAUGUACGACAGCGACAUCGAAGGGCACAAAGAGGAGGUGCCCGAGAAGGCGGAGCCAGCGGACGGCGGGGCGGAGCCCGCGCCCGCGGCGCCACCGGCCGCGGUUUUACCGGAACCAGAAGCCCCGAGGCCUCAGGACCCAAAGAGGGACCUGCAGAAGGACAUAGAGAAGAGCGUCUGCGAGAUCCUGGCUUUGGCGUCCUCCCCCACCAAGGAGGCGCCGGCGGAACCGGCGGAGAGCCCCGCCGCGUACGCGGCCCCGGAGGCUCCGCCCCUGACGGGGGAGGGGCUGGGGGUUGCUGCGACGACGGCGGCGGUGGCGGCUGCGGCGGUGCUACCGGGCCCGGGCCCUGCAGUGACCCAGCCCUCGGCCCAGCAGCUGGAGCUGCUGGAGCUGGAGAUGAGGGCCAGGGCCAUAAAGGCCUUGAUGAAGGCCGGCGAGGUGAAGAAGCAGACCUGCGCCUGACGCCGCCGCGGCACGGCUGGCUAAAGAGAGAGUCUGAGUCCUGAAACGUCCCUCCAAAGACCCAGACUGCUGGCCCGUUUCCUCGUACCCUGUCGGGGCUCGGUGGUGCCGACCUCGCUGUAAAUCCCUCCCGUUCACCGCCUCCUUGGUACUAAUGUCGUAGUCUCAUUGGUGGACGACAGCUGAUCUGCUUAUGUUUGUAAAUGGCUAUCUGUGAUAACCCCACCCUGACUUCGACCACACCCUUUGCCCCUGUUAACUCGAUAAGGACAUAUUGGAUUAAUAGACCCGGGAAGGGGGCGUGGCUAAAAUGGGGCUGAAAUGCAAAACUCACGUGCACGCUCUACCUCUCCCACCAUCAGUGUCUGACUGUGGAAACGCGGGCAGCUGGGAGGGAUUCAGGUAUAUGCACGUUUGAGGAUUAUUUGAAAUGCACCUGUUACUUUCUGAACAUCUGUUUCUCUUCCUGUUAAUAAAGCUUUCGUCAUUUGUUGUAAACAGA